GCGGCGGUGCAGUCCAUCAUUAUCUUUUCAGCUAUCUUUUCAACGUUCUCUGCUUUUCUUCGCCUCUCCCUCUGACCUGAUCUUACCAUGGCCGACAUCAACACUAUCUCGAAGCAGUUUACAGAUUUCUACUAUCAAACGUUUGAUACUGGCCGUGCUGGGCUGCAGAGUCUCUAUCGCAACGAAUCGAUGUUGACAUGGGAGGGAGUCCCAGUACAGGGUGUUAACGAUAUCGUUGAGAAACUCACGAGCCUGCCAUUCGAAAAAGUUGUGCACAAGGUCAUGACACUGGAUGCUCAACCCUCAUCGCCGACAGUGGCAAGUCUGAUAGUCAGUGUAACGGGACUCUUGGUGGUCGACGACAGCCCAAACCCGUUACAGUAUAGUCAAGUCUUUCAGUUGAUUCCCGAUGGUGGCAGCUACUACAGAUUGAAUGAUAUUUUCCGAUUGAACUAUGGGGCAUAAACGAAGCGUGUUUGGCUAUCCGCUACUACAUCAUAGAUAAACUCAUUGUAACAGAGGGGCUUAUAAUGUGAACGAGAUUGUAUUUGAUCCAUU